CAGCAACAAAGAGAGGGAUGAGAACCGGUUGCAAGUGAUAACGCCUUGAGAAAACUUUUAAUUUAAAGAAUACAACUAUCUGCGUAGCACAUAGCACGUGAAACGUCGUUCUACUUGUGAACAGUCUGAACUGUCUGAAGUGGAUUUUUAAUUUAAAUUACGCCUCUAAAAUAUUUCAAGGUGAGACGUGAGUCAAAUUAUUUCAACCGGUGCGUCCAACCCUCUUCGAUUUUAAUCGUGCCAUAUGCGAAACGGAGAACGUGGUGGUGUGAAUCAAAUUUGCUGGUGACGGGAAGUGGAUUCCUCAAGAACUCAGCGUCCUUGUCUGCUUCAGGUUCCAGUGUGCACUGCUCCAAGGGGUAGAGCAACCAGUCCGUCUACUCCAACUGCUCCUUCAGUCAGUUCUCGGCUUUUCCUGAAGAGGACAACCAUAAUAGAAACGCCUGCAUCCGUUUCAUAGAGGGUGCUCCAAGUGCGACCUGGUUUGGGCAUGAAAUACAAACGAUUUAUGUUUUUAUCCAUGAUUUAAUCGAGCAACGGAAGCGCCAAUCAUGUCUGCAAUGAUUGUCCAGCAAAGAUUGAUCGGCGGCAGCGGCGGUUUUGGGCACGGAACACCGGUUGGGCACAUGCUAUGGCAGAGGUGCAAGCCUGAACCAGGGGACUGACACCCGCUGAAGACGUCCUUCCUCUUACAGUUUAGAUGAUGAAAGCAUACCAUGCCCAAGCAUAUCUAAAUUUGAAACUGUGAUCACGGCCUGGCUCACACACACGCACUUUUGAUAAGUUCGACAGUGUUAAAGUGACUAUAUUAAUACGAGAAAAUCGCCUGUCAACGUUCGUUGCGCUGAAUUCGAAGCUGAGAAAGCAAAAUAUAAGUGUUCGCAAACAUGCCUAACUCUUUUCAACGCUUUCAACAAAAUGCCUACAAUAGACUGUCCUUCACCAAAAAGUCGCCCCCUAAAAACACAGCAGCUACUUUAGCCCAGGAGGAGAAGCUGCUAGGAGAUGUUGAGGCCCAAAGGAAAAACUGCGUUCAAAAGGAAGGCGUUGACUACCUCAAUCCCGGCCAAGAUGAUCAAAUGGAAAUCUAUGGGUACACUCGAUGCUGGUUGCGGACGAGCCUGUGCUGGCUGAGCAUUGUGCUUACAGCUGGACUGCUUAGACUGGUGCUCCACUGGAUGCCAAAAUAUUUCCUCGUAUUCACCCAUAAACCUUGCCCGUUAAAUGAGGCAACUAAAGUGUUGGUUGUGGAGGAAUACCAGGAAAAAUACAAGAACUAUCAUGUCAAAAGGGUUAAAAUCAUCAGUAGUGUUAAUGAGGAGCCAAAAGACAAUGACGAGGAGCAGAGGGCAGAUGACUCCUGUUUAGAUGAUGUCCAAGUGUUGACAGAAUUCAACAAAGACGAUGAGCCUAAAUUGAGUUAUCACGUAGGAGGAGGGGUUUUUCAAGAUGUGGACCGGUUAAAGAUGAUUACUGUAAAGAAGAGGCAUUAUAUCUGGCAGCAGGGAAACAAAUCUUUUGAAACACUCAGAGGUCUUGACCGUGAUGUUUUAACUGUUGACCUUCAUCAACAAGCAGGCUUGACGAAACAGCAGCAAAUUAUGAGGAGAAGAGUUUAUGGAGGCAAUGAAAUAAUAGUGCCUGUUCGGAGCAUCUUUGCUCUUCUCUUUCUGGAGGUGCUUAACCCCUUCUACGUCUUCCAGUUCUUUUCCUUUGUUCUGUGGUUUCUUGAUGAGUACGUCUUGUACGCCAUGGCCAUUCUCAUAAUGUCUAUGGGUGGAUGUGCUGUCACUGUAUUUCAAACAAGAAAGAACCAACUGAAUCUGCACAGCACGGUCAACACAAGAGAUAUGGCAAUCGUCCGACGCCAAGGCGGAGAAGACGAAAAGAUUUCUACAGAAGAGCUAGUCCCUGGCGACAUUUUGGUCCUACCACCCCACGGGUGUGUUCUGCACUGUGACGCUGUCCUUCUUAAUGGAACAUGCAUCGUCAAUGAGAGCAUGCUCACGGGUGAGAGCGAGCCAGUGCCCAAAACUCCAUUACCCAGCUCUCCAAAUCUCUAUUACGACUCCAAAGAGCACGCAAGACACACUCUCUUCUGUGGCACACGCCUUCUGCAGACUCGGUUUUACGCUGGCGAGCCAGUGCUUGCUGUGGUAGUACGGACAGGGUUUUUCACCAGCAAAGGCAACCUUGUCCGAUCUAUGAUGUACCCUCCGCCAGUUGAUUUUCAUUUUGAGAGGGACUCUUAUCGUUUUGUGAUGCUUCUAGCUGCCAUAUCAUUCAUUGGAUUCUUGUACACCGUUGUUGUUAAGCAUUUGAGGGGCAUUGGAACUGUGGAGUUGGUAGUUGACGCUUUAGAUUUGAUAACUAUUGUUGUUCCCCCCGCUCUGCCAGCCGCCAUGACCGUUGGAAGGAUGUAUGCUCAGAGCAGGUUGAAGAAGGAAAAUGUAUUCUGCAUCAGCCCUCGAACGAUAAAUGUAGCAGGUUCUAUUGACAGCAUAUGCUUUGAUAAGACUGGCACUCUUACUGAAGAAGGAUUAGAUUUGUGGGGCGUUUUGCCAACAAUCGAUGGAGCUUUCGCUACUACUAUUAGAGAAUUUCCCCUCAAGUCUGAUUCAGUCUCUGCCCGCAUUGAUGAUCUUACAAUGGCAAUGGCUUCAGCUCACUCCUUGACUCUUAUUGAUAGCAGGCUCUCUGGAGACCCUCUAGAUUUAAAGAUGUUUGAGAGUACUGGGUGGAUUCUGGAAGAACCAGCAAUCGAUGACAGCAGCAAAUACGACACUAUGUUCCCAACUGUUGUGCAACCUCCUCGUCCAGAUCUUCUAAUGUCUGCCCAACAUGCUGAAAUUGAGGUUGAUUCGAUUCUGGACUGUUAUGAACAAUUUCAGAUUCCACAAGUGGGCAUAUUUCGGCAAUUUCCUUUUUCGUCUUCACUCCAGCGCAUGUGCGUCGUGGUCAGAGCCCUGUGGGAAAAUGAGUUCAGAGUAUUUUGCAAAGGAGCGCCAGAAGCUGUUAUCUCUCUUUGCAAACCUGACUCAGUUCCCAAGGAUUUUCACCCAAUCCUGCAGAGCCACACAAGACAAGGACUUAGGGUGCUUGCAGUUGCUGGAAAAAGGCUGAAAGUGUCUGCAUACCACAGAAUCCAUCGUCUGUCCAGGGAAGAUGUUGAGGCUGAACUCACCCUACUGGGGCUGCUUGUGAUGGAAAAUAGGCUGAAAAAGGAUUCUGCGAGGGUCAUAUGUGGUCUUCGAGAAGCCAAUAUUAAGUGCAUUAUGGUCACCGGUGACAAUAUGCUGACAGCCUUGAGUGUUGCUAGGGACUGUGGUCUUGUCUCCAGUAAUGAAAGAGUUGCUGCUGUGCAUGUCGAGGAAGCUUCAGAGGGGCAGCCACAUAGGGUUUGCUACACUGACUGUGAUCGAGUUGAUGUCAAUACGCCAUCCAUUGAGGAAAUAAACCAUGCAAACAAGUGGGUUCUUGCUGUGUCAGGACAGACAUGGCAAGCCCUUAAAUCCAUAGAAUCGCCCAUUACUGUUGCUCAGAUAGCUUCUAGAGGGGCUGUUUUCGCACGAAUGAGCCCUGAACACAAGCAGCAACUGGUGCAGGAGCUUCAAGCUUUGGGAUACUGUGUUGGAAUGGUUGGAGAUGGCGCCAACGAUUGCGGCGCUUUGAAAGCAGCUCACGCAGGAAUUUCUCUCUCAGACGCCGAGUCAUCUGUCGCAUCCCCCUUCACGUCCAAGGAGGCGAGCGUGGAGUGCGUGCAGCGCCUUCUGAGAGAGAGCAGAGCUGCGCUAGUCACUUCCUUUGGCCUAUUCAAAUACAUGGCUGCCUACAGUCUCACCCAGUUCGUGUCCGUGAUGCUGCUCUAUGAGUUUGACAGCAACCUCUCUGACGCCCAGUUCCUCUACAUUGACCUGUUUCUUAUUACCCUGGUCGCAUUUUUCUUCGGACGCUUGGGUUCACACCCUGGACCUUUGGCCAAGAGACCACCGUCAUCAUCUCUAUUUUCACUAGCACCCGUAACCUCUUUGAUUAGUCAGCUUGUACUUGGCACAGUAGCGCAAAUAUUGGCGGUUCUUUUGAUCACGUCCUAUUCUUGGUACACACCUUUCAACCCUGAAAAUGAAGAAGGGUCAAUGGCAUGCUACGAAAACUACGCUAUAUUCUCUGUGUCUGCAUUUCAGUAUCUAGUGCUAGCUGCCGUAUUCUCCAGGGGAUCCCCCUAUCGGGAGCCUUUGUGGGCCAACAAGGGGAUGAUGGUGAUUCUAAUCCUGGGCACGCUGCUCACUGUUUUAUUAGUAUUAAUUCCCCCGUUGUGGCUUGAAACCUUUGUUGAGUUUCGGCUACCGCCAGAAUUUCCUCCCAGGCUGUUCAUUGUCGCACUGGCCACAGUGCAAGCUGUUCUCAGCUUUGUCCUGGAAGCUGUGCUUAUGAGGAUUCACUUUAAAGAGCGCCACCCGCGUCACUUGGACAUAAACAAACAGCUGGCCCAAGACCCGAGUUGGCCCCCCAUAAAAGCGGAGCCACUGCAUCGGGUGCCUUCGGAGACGCCUGAAACCCCAAAUGCUAAAAUGUCUGUUGUGCUGCACAGGAAUGGCGAGGUCGCACUCGACCCCGCCAAAUUAGUGCUACAUCAUACGCCCAAGAGAGUCAUUUGACAAAGGUCGAUGUAUUUAGCAGGCAGCACAUUGCCUACCUUUUCACAUAUAGUGCCAUUGGAAUGGAAAUCAAAUUUGAACAUGUUAAGGGUUGGGCUGGUGGUUGCGUGAGUUACUGUACCAUUUAAUAUUUAUCCCAUAUAUACCAUUAAUUAUAUAUUGCGAUUAACCUCUCCAUGAAAAACUUAUGUUUUACUUGUUAACCAAACUAAUGGUUGUGUUUAAGCCAAUUGAUGCUGCGUCGACUUAUUAGGUGCUCUACGUUUUGUGAAUUCCGUCAGUGCGUUUUUAUAUAUUUUCACUAUUGUGGACCAUAUCUGUAUUAUAUACCCUAGUAACUUGAUUUUUGAUUUAUUGGUUGGCCAUAUAUACUUACUUUACUAUGAUUAUAUAAACACUUGUUUGUCAUAAACGCUUAUUUUUGUACAUAUUGCUAUUCCACUGCCUUCUUCCUAUUGAAUUCGCUUCGUAUAUAUAGUAUCCUAAAUUCCUAAACCAGCCCGUCCAUGCUGUGCAAACAUGUGUCAUAUCUAGAAACGGAAACAAUGUUGCGUGACGUGAAAAAAAUGGAAGGGGCUGGAUGAGACGAACUGGGAGUUCUCGGAAAGCCCCUUGCCAGUUGCAUUGUCGAGUAUCUUGUGCAUCGAUCUCCAUGAGAUGGUGCAUUUAGGUGUAGCUGACUAAAUGUCAUGGUUAUUGCCUUAAAUUUCAUUUUGGUUACAAGCAUAUUAGCAACAACGCAACUUAAGGGUGCCACUGUAGUUGAGAUACGCAAUUCGUUCUCUGUUUUGAUCUCCAUUUCGUUCAGACUUACCUUUUCGUAAUAGUUGUGGAGUUUUUGGUUUUCAAUUGUUUGAUACCACUGCUGGAUAAUAUUGUAUUAUAUGGCUGCUCACUUACGUAGUUGUCACUCUAUAGAAGACACAAGUUGUAGAGAUGUUUGAGCUGAUGCAACUCGUAGACAGUAUCACCACAGUAAAAGAAAUGGUUGGUAAAAUACUACUAAUACAGUGUGAUAUAUAUGAGAAUAACUUAAGUACUUUGCGAUUAUUAUUAACACACCCUGUGUAAGAAAAUUAAUAAAUGCAUUACAUGCAGAUUUAUGUAAUGAAUGUAUCGUUGAAA